UAUUGGUAUAAAAAAAUAUGCAGAUUUUAAUUUAAUUUUAUACGUGGUAAAUACAUUACUAAAGGAAUUUGGCAAAGAUCUGAGCGCUCAACUUUUUCAGUGGGUCUGAAAUUUUUUUCCCCCAUUGCAUUGACCACGACCACGAGGGUUGAUCUAUAUGAAUUCGAUAUAAUCAAAUUAAAAUAAGUUGCAAAAUGAAAUUUUAUUGACAAAUUGGCCCUUUUAGUUCAUUAACUUUUUUAUGCAAAACUUCUCAAAUUAUGCAAGGAUAUUCAGAUCUGGGUUUCUUUUGUCCAGGAUUCGAGUGCCUCGAUCCUUAUUUUCCAAUCGGUGUUUCUGAUGGCUCGUGGUUCCUUCUUAGAUUAUUUAUAGCAUUGAUUCAUUUUGGGGUCUUCUAUAAGCAAAUUUCCAAAAGAGGAAACGUCUCCAAGUGCUUACCAUUCGGUAUAGUUGGGUAGUGACUAAAUGUCACCUAAUUCGGCUCAAUCUACAGGCGCACGCUGGAGAAAAUUCACUAACAUAACGGCGGAAAACCCCGAGGUUAAAGUGAUAGUUUUCGGCUAAAAACUCGGUUUAGCGGAUAUUUUAGCCCGGCUAAAAAUUGGCUUAAGCGGCUAAAUAAUAUUAAUUACCCAACUAAACCCUUCACUAGGCCUAUGAUUAUUCGUGCCAUUUAAACGAUGACGAUACUAGUCCUUUAACGUUGUUGGUCAGGGCUUGUAGUAAUUUGGAUCCCAAACUACCCCAAAACGAUAAAAAGAGACCCCUAGAUCCAGAAAAUAUAAUUUUCACCAAGUCAAACUUAUCUCAUUCUGAAUUAAUGACUCCUAGAAAAAUUAUCAAGCAAGACGAUAUCAAAACUAAUCGCCUAAUGAGAUCUCGUCAAAGUGAACACGAUUUUACUAGAAAUGAAGGUAAUUCUGCCUUUAUGAAAAAUAAUAGUCGUUUCCCCGUAAAUUCUAUACACGUUUGCAAUAAUGAUAAAACCCGAGAUGCCUUUGUACCCAAGGAAAUGCCACACUAUAAAAAUGACGAUAAAGAUUCUUCUACACCUUAUAAACGGGAAUCUAUUUUAAGUGUUGAUUUUACUAAGAUCUUCUCACCUCCAGUCUUCCCUUGCCCCUUUAGCUCUUCUGCUAAAACCAUUGUUAACUCUACGUUAUAUGAUUUUAUUUCGGCUAAAUCUUCCUACCAGAUAUCGGGUCGUUCAGAAAAUCAUUUUAAUCCCUUUAAACUUUUUACAUCAUUGAAAUCACCAAUUGUUGGAAAUAAUUAUGUCUACCCAUCUACUGCCAAGAAAGGGUCCUCUCUAGACAAUGGAAAAACUUCUAAAUUGAUUUGCUCAUACCGUAAAAAAGAACAAAAUAAUGAGAAAAGAGGAUCUUCGUGUUGUAAAUGCGGAUGUUCCAAUUCCUUUAUUUCUCCUCAUUAUCAACAUUUUAAUGCGUCUCCUCACUCAUUUUACAAUAAUCCUUACUUAAACUACCCAUAUUUUUACAAAAUGUUUUGCCAAAGCCUCAACUAUCCUCAGGAUUUUUCCUUCAAUUUAAAUCGUUAUCCUCAUCCUUUAUGGUGUUCCCCAGACGAAUGCUCCCCUCUAGACAAUAAUGGUGGUACUAAUCCAAAAUUAACUCAGCACUCAGAAGGUUUUACUAUGAACUCUAAAUCACCAGAGCAUAUAUCCCAUCCCCAGAAUAAAGAUUCUACCUUCGACGAGGAUGUUAAAAGUUAUUUCUCGUUAAAUUUAUUUCCAAUAUCAUCGAUUACAAGUAAUACGAAACAAUCGUCCUCAGUCAUUGAUAAUGAUAAUAAUACUAAUAAAAAUUCAAAUAUACCAGAAGCUAGGACCAAUCUUGUCACUAGUCGCAACGCGACCGAAUACCAUACAUCUAUGAACUUUCAAGAACGUAAUAUAUUAACAACGGAUAUUUUUAAUACUACUUAUGGAUCGCUCAUGAAUUCAUCCAACAAUAUUAGUCAUCAAACAAUUCCUCUACUUGGAACUCGACAAUACUCUCUAAUGAGCAAUUUGUACAAUUCACCCAAUUUAGGUUAUAAUUCUCCUAGCUUAUCCAGCCCGGUUGAUCCAUACUAUUUCAUGAACCUUUUUGAAUAUUACUUUUAUAACCAAUUUUACAACCAAAUGAUAUACCCUCCUUCAAGUGAAAUCAACUUAAUGCAUAAUUCUAACAACUUCUACCCACUUUCCAAUUCGGCUCUUACGGAUAAAGAUUUCAUUCAUAAUUUAUGAAAUAUUUUAUAUAUGGAUUCUUUGUUCAUUAGGUUAAUUUUGCUAAUAAAUUUGUUUUUCUUUCAUUUAUAUUACAUACAGAGGUAAUCUUAUUUUAUUGGGAAAUCAAUGUUUUAUAUUAAUUUGUUACUUCUCUAUAUUAUAAAAAUUUAUUCUCAAUACUAAUUAUAAAUGUUAUUUAUAGAUUAUUAG